AUGCAAGAAGAUCAAAUGAUCUUCAGACCUCAAGAUGGUCUCGGCAUGAAUCCUGUACAGGGGCCACGCUGGGGAUCUGAGGUCGACAAAAUCGAGAGCAAAUACUAUGCGGACGGUGAAGAUACGUACGCGAUGAAGUUGGACCGAGGCAACUUGCAGACCAAAGAUGUGCGGGAAGAAGAGGACAAGGAUAAGGGCGGUGCAGUUGGUUCAUUAUGCAAGGAUGGUGAGGAGGACCCCGUAAAUGGCGAGAAUGGCAAGAAGGAGAAGAUGGUCAAAGUCAAGGUCGGUCGAGGGCUGGGUGUCGGUGAUUUGGGGGAGAGGAAUGUCGCUUGA